UGUUUUGAGGGAUGUUCCCAGUAUACCACUCGAAGUCCUGCAGUCACCCGAUAAGGAUCAUAGCAGAACAACCCUUUUUCCUAGCCUUGAUUAUAAAGGUCUUUACCAUGUAAUAGUUCAACUUGUGGAUUGUGUGCCAUUGGUGCAGUUUGGAGCACAUGCUCUAGGCUCCAAUAUUCUACAGACGCUCGCCUGUCUUGUUCCCUUUCUGGAACAUGAAUAUAUGGAUACUCUGCCGUACAUAGCUGCUUCUUCCUUGGCCUUGUUUCCAACCUCCUUACAGGAUGGUAUUCUGGAAUUAUUGUGUUAUCACUUGCUUCCAUUUACAAUUAUUGCUUCCAGUGACUAUGACAGCCAAAAUUAUGCAAAUAUGUCCAUUCCAGCAGUAAUCAUGAUGGUAUUUCAGUAUGCAGAGAAUCCAGCUCAUCAUGCACAUCUGUUGGAAUGCAUAAUGAGCCUGAAAAGGAAUAUAAUCAAGGACUUGCUGUGUGUAAUUGGUCAUGGAACUGCCGAUGCGAGGAGACCUGCAGUUGAGUUACUGUUUCAUUACUGGCCUUCUUUGAAUCCAAUGAUCCAGGAGAGACGAAGUACCAGUAUUAGACAUGCUGGAUGGAAACCACUUGUUUGUCAAAGAGAGAAUUGUGUGAGUACAGUAAACAAUGAAGCUGUGAAGUUGUGCAUGGAUCACUCAUUGUCUAUUGGAACUGGAGAACACCCUCCACCAUUGUAUGUGUGUCAAAGUUGUGCUGAUCAAAUUCAUCGGGAAAAUGGCACAGAAAAUUUAGUUAACGUUCUUCUUCCUCUUCAGCAAGUUGCUCUUGUUUGUGAAAACAAGAAUUGCCAGAGCAUAAACAAGAAGGCCACAGUAACUUGCUUUUCCAUUGAAUGUUCAAGUUACAAUGGAAAUCGUCCAAUUCGUUACUGUAUCCAAUGUUAUAACUUACGGCACAAGGGCAAGCAGGGAAGUGAUCAUGUGGUUCAUGGCGAAGUUCCAAAUCCAUGGACGAUGGAUCCUGAAACCCAGUCGUACAUGGUGGAGGCAAUAGUAAGUUUGCUACAAGAAGCCCGUCCAUUUUGUGAGAAUGAUACGCAGGUGACCAUAGAUCGCUAUAACCGAGCAGGGGUGUUAGAAAAAGAUGAUAGCAUGGAGUUUCUUGCAUUAGAAGAGAGACAACUUUUGAGUCGAUAUGGCAUUUGGUUACUUAAAGGACUUUGUACACCAACUGAUGACACACCUGUGGAGACUCUAGGGCGUCUGUUGAGUGUGUUGUUUCAGUGGUUUCAUUAUACUGCAUGUUUGCCGGAUGAUCAUUCUGGAAAUGCUCUAGAGAGGUUGAAAACAGAGGUAUGCAAGCCAGUUGUUGUAAAUAAAAAUUGAAUAAAGU